AUGGCGUGGGUUGCCGUUCUCUUCGUCCUACCACUGUUUGCCGCUAAAGUGAGCUCACAAUCGUGCGGAACAAAGAAUGUUGGAGAAGUUGCUCCCGCCAACUUCCAGGAUAACCUGGAUACUGUGGCCAGGACUCCAGGAGUCGGGUACCUGGCAACUCAAUACACGUUUGACUGCUGCGGAGUAAUUACUAAAUGGCACGCUGUUAUCGGCGCUUUGGGCAUUGUUAAAUUCCAAAUAUGGCGGCCAAGUGGAGCGAACUACGAUUUAAUUGGCGAAAAUGAGUACACAUUUAACUCGGCGGACCAACUUACAGAGCAGAUUCUCGGUGUGUCCACUGGUGAAAUACUUACUGUGAAGCCAAAUGAUGUCAUCGGAUGGUACAGUGCCGAUAUUGACAUAAUACCAUACAAAGGCGUGUCUGGUUCCGGUGCCGUUCAGCUGACGAUGGCAGCGCCCUCUACAGGCGAUUCCGUAAACUGGACACCUGGAGCAACUCUUGGUGUGCGCACAUAUGCAGUUAAUGCUCUAACAGGAGUUAAUUCCUAUCCGGCGUUUACAAACCUGGACCAGACCUUGACCUAUCUGGACACAGACACCCCGCCCACCAGUCUUCUCACACUGGCCUACACUGACGCCGACCCACAGGAUACCACCCUUACUGUCGCCAUGACGACCACGUCAAACGAGUUUCAAUUAACCACAGACCAAGUACAGCCCCAGACUGGCCAGUGGACGGUUGGUACCUACCCACUGACCUUUACCGUUACUGACCAGUGUGGUAAUGUCGGAACCGGAACUCUCACUGUGGAGAUCACAAACACCGCGCCGGAUAUGACAGCCAUGGUUACGUCCGCUAGUGUAAGGGAGGACCUGACUGUCCAAACUCGCUUACAAGACCUGACAGUUACGGACGUACAGACAUACACGUGUACCUACACAGGCUCCGCCCCCUUCAACGUGCAGCCAAAACAAACCGGAAGUACAACAUAUGCAUUGUUCCUGAACGGCGAGGCGAACCUAAAGUAUAACACCCAGAACCAGUACACUCUACCUAUUACAUGUACAGAUGAUUUGGGUCUAUCCAGUACAAAGGACAUUGUAGUCAGCAUCAUAGAAAACUCACCCCCAUCCAUGAAUAAUCUCCCAAAUACGAAAAAUGUGAAUACACUGACCACAACGACCAGUUCGGAGAUUUUCACUGCCAUUGGUGUGGACACAGACUCAACAGAUCUGGGCUAUAACAUGACAUGUACGCCUGCAAACUGUCCAUUCCAAAUCCUCAGCUCGGGUAAGAUCGUGGCUACAGAAGAUCUAAACUUACACAAGACACCUGCUUACGAUGUCAAAGUGUGGAUAAACGAUAAAUGGUCACUGGUAGGACCGGAAACCCUGAGCGUUACAAUUACAAAUAUUAACGACAAACCCGAGAUCAACAAUAUUCCAAGUGGACUUAUCGUGGCAGUUCCUGAGAACUCCGCCUUAUCCAAGUAUAUAAUAAAUGCAGACGUAACGGAUGCAAACGCUGGAGACACACACAAAUUCACAGCCGUGUUCACCCCGGCAGAGGGCGCCAAUUACUUCCGGCUCUAUAACAAGGCUGGAAUCAUAACACCAAAGGUAGCACUUGACUACGAAGAAUUGCUCGCCAAGGAAAUGACGUCAUUCAAUGUAGCCAUGACAGUAAACGACGGUCGAGAGGAAUCGACGACAAAGUAUUUCACUAUAGAAGUCUCGGAUGUUAACGAACAACAGACGGGAUUUUCUCAACCAACAUAUCAAAUAACAGGAGUUGAGAGAACCACAAUUUUCCCAGACCUCAGUCCUACGUUGGCCAAUUCUGUGAUUGAUCCUGACGACACACGAGACACACAGACGCUGACCAUGGACUGUGGGGCCAACACGGGGUUGUUCUCCAUGGACCCCAGCACGGGCCGCGUCACCAAGACAGCGGAGUACGACCUUGACGCCGCUAAAAAGACGUCCGAAACGAUCACAUGUGUUGUGACAGCCACUGAUGAAGCAGGACACACAGUCACCACAAACCUUGAUAUCGUUAUUAACGAAGAAAACGACAACCCGCCCAUACUCGAUAAAGAUACAUACACUUAUUUUUUGCCGAUCAAUAGAGCGGCGGGGACACAAUUCGGCAGGUGUAUCUCGACGGAUAUUGAUGUCCUACCUGACCACAACGACACAGCGUACACACUGACUGGGGGAUCAGGACUGUUCGGCCUCACGGACCAAUGCAGAUUGUACAACAACGUCAACUUCAGCACGACCACAUAUAAAGUUGGCGACACGUUUCCAAUGACAUUGACUGCCAAGAACACAAAUGGUUUGAAGGACACAGCCUCCGUAAACGUUGUUCUUAUCGACCCCGUCACCACUUCGGCUCCUUCCGCCACCACUACCACCACAACAGCGGCCCCCGCCUCUUCGCUAGCGUUCCCCGCCUUUGGUGGUAGCGGAAGCAUUUCCAAUUUCCUCGAUGACCCGGAGACUCUUGCCUGGUUUAUACCGACGAUGAUUCUGCUGGCCGCCAUGUUGGCAUUGCUUGCAUACAUGAUCUACAGAUGUAUACGCAGCCCAGAAGCCUUUGCUAAAAUUGGAAAGUUAUGCAAGGGAAGGUCGUUCAGGUGCAAAUGGCGAAGUCGUAGUAAGAGGAUCACGAAGGUCAACACGCCGAAGAAGACCAAGGUCAAAAACAAAAAAGGAAACAAAGUGCGCCAGUUGGAAAACAAUGAUUCUAAGUACGAAUGGAACAUUUGGUCUCACGCUGAUUUCGGAAACACUACAGUCGAACAUCGUUAGAGAAGUGAGACGAUGGCCUGAUGUUCUAGACAUCAAUGAUCUUUGGAGACGACGUGAUGAUCCUUAUAUCGAAUUGUGUCGUAUGUUUCCAGUAAACACCAGGGGAAAUAUCAGCCACAACCCAGUGUUAAUGGGUGUUAUUCGAUACUGUUGAUACUAAUGUGAACCGUAUCACCGGCUAUGAUAAUGGAUUGAUCUUAUUUAUUUAGUGCGAAAUGAUUUUUGUAAAUAACCAAAUCAUUGUUUAUAUUCACCAUUAAUUAAUGAAAAUGUAGUUACUACUGCUGAAAACAAAUACUAUUGUUUGGACUCGAUGGGAAAGGCAUCAGGAGAAGAGAAUGUUUCAUCAUUUCUUUCAACACUUGUACGUUAUAGUAAUUUUUGUUUUGUACAGUAUUUCUCAUUCCCUAAUGACAUAUACUAUGAAAGCUUGGGGGAAAUGAGAACCAAUGUUUUCAACAUUAGCUGAAUAAAAUUUUACGGAGACGUUAAUUU